CUAGUGGUGUUUGUGGUUCUAAUGCCAAUUCUCUUCCUUAAUCUAUUGACUAGUUUAGCUGUUGGUGACACUCAGGAAAUACAAAAAUCAGCUGAUACUUAUAGACUAAUACUAAAAGUUGAGUUUAUACUGCCAAUGGAAGAAUUUCUAAGAUCUUUAUUAAGAAUUGCACUGAGCAUUCUUAGGAAAAUACAUGCACAAAACGUUGUUGAAGAUUUUUUAGAAAAACUAAGACAGAAUCUAAUCAUCAUUAGACAAGAGCAAAAGAUAUAUCCAAACAAGUCAAGUGUCUGGAAGAAGUUUAUUGGCUCUUUAAUUGAAAAGAGACUUGUAACUGAACCUUUAGCAACUGUAGCUGAUGUAAAGUAUCAGAUCAAGCCAUUAUCUGAGGAAGUGAAAGGAUUGCAGAGUUCAGUGGAUCAAUUGCUGUCUAUUGUUAGAAGCAUGAGGGAUGAGAGAGGAGGAGGAGAGAUAGAAAGAGGAAGAGCUGGAGCAAGUGAAGAAGCAGGAAAUGAAAGAGAAAGAGACAAUGGAGAAGAACAAAGAGAAGUCUCUAGCUAAAGAAGAUGAUGAGUUAUAAAAUUUAGCUUUGACAUAGAAAUUAUAUAUAUUUUAAUAUAUUA